GAAACUGCAGCGGAAUGAUGAAAGGAAGUAUGGAGAGAUUUAAGGAUUUAUUUUAGCUUCUCUACAAAACAAGAAACAAGAACAUCUUGAGAUCCGCCUCAGAAAUGGAGACAAUAAUCAGUACCUCCGACUUUCACAUGGAGUUUUAUUUCUGAAACAAAAAUGACUGAUUAUUUACAGAUUGUAUUUGUUCAGUGAUUUACAUCAGAUUAAUAUCGGAUUACACACACACACACACACACACACACACACACACACACUUGACCACUUUAACUGAAGCUGAGCUGAACACUCACGAUGGCGCAGAGGUAUGAGGACUUAGCUCAUUACAGCAGCAUGAUGGACAGCGUGGGUGUGUACGGAGAGCCACACACACAUCACCACCUAAACCACGCUCCACCUCCACCUCCCACCAAUCAGCAGUAUGUGACAUCACACGGCAUCAUGGCGGGCAUCAUGGGCACCAACGAUGGACUGAAGAGAGACAAGGAUCUGAUUUAUGGUCAUCCUCUGUUCCCGUUACUGGCUCUGGUGUUUGAGAAGUGUGAGUUAGCGACGUGUACGCCGCGGGAGCCGGGCGGGGCUGGAGGAGACGUGUGUUCAUCAGACUCCUUUAACGAAGACAUCACUGUUUUUGCCAAACAGAUACGAGCAGAGAAUCCAAUUUUCUCAUCCAAUCCAGAAUUGGACAAUUUGAUGAUUCAAGCAAUUCAAGUAUUACGAUUCCAUUUGCUCGAACUGGAGAAGGUUCAUGAGCUGUGUGAUAAUUUUUGUCACCGCUAUAUUAGCUGUCUGAAAGGAAAAAUGCCAAUUGACCUGGUUAUUGAUGAUCGGGAUGGAUGCAAGUCUGAUUUUGAUGAUCUAACAUCCACACAUCUAUCAGAUCACAACACAGCGUCAUGGAGAGAUCUGGAUGACAAUCGCUCAACUCCAUCCAUCGGUACACCGGGACCGUCCAGCGGAGGCCAUGUUUCUCACAGUGGAGACAACAGCAGUGAACUAGGGGAUGGUCUGGAAAGCAGUCUGGCUUCUCCAGGGACAGGUGAUGAGGAUGAUCCUGAUAAGAAGCGACAGAAGAAACGAGGGAUUUUUCCCAAAGUUGCAACUAACAUCAUGAGGGCAUGGCUAUUCCAGCACCUCACACAUCCUUAUCCAUCAGAAGAGCAGAAGAAGCAGCUCGCUCAGGACACAGGACUUACCAUCUUACAAGUGAAUAACUGGUUCAUUAAUGCACGCAGGCGGAUCGUACAGCCCAUGAUCGACCAGUCCAACCGAGCAGUGAGUCAGGGAACUCCGUUCAGUCCUGACGCUCAGACGUUGGGGGGCUUCAUGUUGGACGGACAGCAGCACAUGAGCCUUCGACCACCUGGUGCGAUGGGAGGAAUGGGCAUGAACAUGGCGAUGGACGGACAGUGGCACUACAUGUAACAGCUGGCUGGGGAUCUAACAAACACAUGCACACGCACGCACACAUGCACGCGCACGCACACACACACGCACGCGCACACACAUGCACACACAUGCACAUACACACAUGCACACACACGCGCACGCGCACACACAUACACAAACACACGCACACACGUAUGUAUACAAACACAUGCACAUAUACACAUGUAUACACACACACGAAUACACACACAUGCACACGCACACACACACACACACACAUAAACAUUUACGCUCUCACAGACACAUACGUAUACACACAUACACAAACACACACACGAAUAUACAACCACAUACACACACACACCUCUUCCAUCGACUGUGAAGGAAAAGUGUAAAGCUGCAAGAAAUGAAGGAAAACGACUACAGUUUUGAAGUCUGUGUUUGUCAUGAAUUUUGUUUUCAUUCUUUAUUUAUUUGAUUUGAAGAGAAGAUUUAGAGACUCAUCAAAUAUGUCAGAAACUCUGUCUCACACACACACACACAUUGUUCCUUAUCUCAGAGAUCAUUUUGAUGAAAUUUCACAUACUUUUGAACUCUAUUCUCUGA